GCGCGGGCAGCCUGUCGUGCAGAGAAGUUAUCUGUGCCUCAGUUGUCUCUGAGGAUAACUUCUGUUUUCUUUGCUCUUCCUCCAGGGACCAUCAGAGCCUUUGAGGUGUUAGCUCUUGCUGUGUGUCCUCCAUCUUUGUCCGGUUCCUUAGGGCAGCUGGCAGCUCUGGUCCCGCUGUUUCUUAGCACAGCACCUCGCACGAGGUGGACAGCCCGUAACCGUUGGUCUUUAUACACACACAGCUGCUGCUUAUGCCUUCAUUACCUUUGCUGCCUUUUCUGGUUGCUGUACCACACGGGUGCGUUCUAGGAGCUGUUCCCAAAAUUUGGUGUGCGUGAGCUGCCCCGUGCUGCCAGGUGUGAGAAAGAUCCUCCCUAAGGCUGUCUGAUUCAUUAAGAGAACCAACAGAUGGUACCGAGGGCUCCACAACACCAACAGCACUGCAGGAGCCUUGCUGGAGGAGUCUGGGAGAGGAGUAACUGAGUUCUCUGAAACUGCUUUGUAGGUGAUGGCUGCCACCCUGGAGCACAGAGGCUCUGAGGAGGAGCAGCCUCCUAACAAAAAGGAAACUAUGACCUGGAAACCCAGAGAUGUUAAGCCUAAAAUAUUAGGGCAAACUAAAGCAGAUGAAUGUUUGCUGAAGAAUGCCCUGUGUGUUCUUGAUAGUGACUCUGAAGGAAGUGAAUUCUCUGAUGUCUCUGCAUGUGAAGAUGCUGUCAGUCUGCAUACAAACACUGACGUGGAGGACUUGUGUGGUGAACUCUCUCGUAUGUCUGAGGAUGCAACUUUCGCUCAGCAGCCAGCUGCUUUGACAUAUGAGAUGGAGGACUGGGAUAAAGAGUUGGAGGAGUCUGAACGUAGUCCUUAUGAUGCUGGUGAUCUCUACUGCGGAAGCUUUCAGGAAAAUAAUCUUUUGGCCUCAUACUCAUUUCGAGAGGAUUCACUGUACAACCCGUGCUGUCACCAUGCAGCUUGCCUUGCUUUUCCCCUGCCCGUUAGAAUGACUGAGGUUGGCCAGUUUGAUGAUGCUGAUGAAUGAGGUCAGAACUGAGUUUGGUUUCUGAGUUGGAUUAUUCUUCACUGAGUUGCAGGUGCCAGCUGUAAGCUGCUAGCGCACUUGUGGACUAUUUUCUGUUUGUGUUACAUAGAACUGUGUUGCUGAUUCAUUGUUUGGGAGGAAGUAAUUCCUAAUCUUACCUUGAUUGCAAAGUGUUGCCAGUUUUGGCAUGUUUGGUACUUGCAUGUCUGGACACUUAACCUGUAAUUUUCUUUCAUUUGUUAUGGAAUCGGUCUUAAAAACUCUUCCUCCUUCCAACUUCUCUGUUGUACUUCUGUGUUGCAGUUUGUAUCUCCAUGUUACUCAUGACAAAAUUAGAUGUGACAGUACAAAAUGAGUUCUUCUGGUUUGACGUGUUUCAAUACAAAGGAAUUUGCAAAAUGUCUUCAUGUAUGUAACACACCUGUAGGCAUAUAUUUGGGAUUUUGUUUCCUACAGAGAUGCUGGGUGUUUGUCAGCCUCCCAGGAAAGGUUUCUGCACAUCAGACCUUGUGCUCAGAUGUAUUAUCUUCCAGUCUCCAGUAGUCUGAUGUUGUGUGAGGAUGUUUUAAAGACAUGUAAUGACAAAGAAAAUAUGCUUAUCUGAUCCUCAGUGCGUCCUGCAAACAGCAGUGAAUUGAGAUUCAUGGUAUUACUGAUACUUGUUAUUUCUGUGUUGAUAAAUGAGGAAAUGAGAACACAAAAUACUUCCAUAAAGUUCCCAAGAGAAUAGCUGGAACUGGAACUGUAUUCUUUUUGC